AUGAUAAACAAUUGUAAUAAAGUUAAAAAAUUUAAUAGCGAUAAUGAACCAAUAUUUUGGAAAGUUAUACAUAAUGUAUAUUUACUUAAAUUAAUAUUAGAAAGGGUUGAAGUUGUUGGUAUUAAUAGAAGUAGUCAAAUUAAAUUCAAACAUUUAACAUCAAUGGAAUUGAUGUUAAAAAUGAAACAAUACCAACUAUUAAUAUGUAAAUUAAAAGCAAAUGAAUAUAUUGAUCUAUCAAAAAGUUCAUUUCAAAAAUUAUUCAGAUUAAAUAAUAAUAAUAAUGAAGAUGAAAUAAAAGAAAUAUUUAAUUUAUUAUAUGAAAAAAAGAAAUUAGAAUUACUUCAAUUCGAUUUAUUAUCAAUAGCAUUAGAAAUUGAAGAUUUAAAUAAUAAAAAAAGAGUUGAAAAUUAUGAUGCUGUAGAAAUUUUAUUAAAUGAACCAUUUUCAAUUAAAAUUUUCCCAUCAGUUUUAGAGUGGGUAAUUUUAAAUUGUUCUUAUCAAAUGGUAGAUAUUUUAGUAAAUUCACAUAAUUUAAUAAUAACAGAAGAAUUAAAGAAUAGAUCAAUUAGUUUAGCAUUUACUCGUAAUAAUAAUAAUGAUAAUCAUAAAGAAUUAAUUAUUGGAUUAUUAUUAAAUAAAUUUUAUAAUAACAACAACAACAACAACAACAACAACAAUGAUAAUAAUAAUGAUUUUAAUAACUUUCAAUCAAUAAAAAAAAUUCCAGAUAUAAAUAAAUUUCUAUUUAUAAAAGAUUCAAAAAUAAUAAAUCAAUUAUUAAAUUUAAAUUAUUUCAACAAUUCAAAUCAUGAUGAAAUUAAAGAAAUUAUUAAAAAUGAUAAGAGUGAAAAUAAAAUAAAAGAAGUUUUUAAGAUAUUAGUAAAAAAAGAUAAAAAUAAUUAUAAAAAUUAUCUUUUAAAAUAUUUUGAACCAAUUGAAGAUUUAGAUAUUGAAUAUUUAGAGAUUGUAAUUCAAUUUAGUUUUUUAAAUUUUGAACCAAAAACUUUUAAAUGGGUAAUCUCAAAAACAGUAACAUCAGAUAAAGAUAAAAAAGCAUCAUUUAAUUUCUUAACAGUAAAACUAAUAAUUGAAAGUAUAUCAUUAGAUAAUAAAAAAAAUAAUAUUAAAAGAGAACUUGAAUCUACAUAUGAAUUUAUUGAAUACUAUACAAAACAAAGUGAAUGUCUUGCAUUUAGAAAUAUAGAUGUUGAUCAAGAAAUUAAACAACUUUUAUUAUCAUCAAAAACAAGUGAAGAAUAUGAAAGAGUUUAUAAUUCAAUUUCACCAAAUAGUAAAAUCAAUUCAAUACCAAUUAGUUUAUAUCCAAAAUGUUGGAAUCAAGUUUUAAUUGAUUUAUCUAAUUGGGGUUUUAAUUAUUCAAAAAUCUAUAUUAAUAAUAAAGAAAAGUUUGAUUGGAUAUUAGAGAAUUGUAAUGGAUUCCUAUUAAAAGAGAAAUUAAGAAGUUUUACAACUAGAGAAUUAUUUCAAUUUGAAAGUUUAGAAUUAAUACAAUAUGCAAUUGAUGCAUUUUCAGACAAAUCAUCAAUACUAUAUUAUCCAAAGAGUUUAAAUGGUGAUAGUUAUUUCUACAAAUGUUUAUUAUAUCAUCAAACUUAUAUCAAUGCAAUUAAUAAUUAUGAUAUUGAAACAUUAAAAUUCAUUGAUGAAAAUGUAUUGGGUUUUAAACUUGAAAAUGAUAUGAUUUUUAGUAGUAAUCAAAAUUCGGAUGAAAAUUAUAGCUAUUAUAAAAUCUAUAAAAGAGAAUUUAAAGAUUCAUUUAAUAAUUUAAAUGAAACCACAACAAUUGAAAAUCAAGAGAAAUUAAUAAAUUAUUUAAAUGACAGUGGUUAUAAAGCAUUUAAUGAAAAAACAUUUGAAAAGUUUUUAUUUGAUUUUAAAUUUAAUAGUGAUAAAAUUAAAAUUAAAUUUAAUGAUCAAUUUCAACAAUAUUCAAAGAAAUUUGACGAAUUAUCACCACUUUUAAUGACUAAACUAGUGAAUGGUUUUUCAAAUGAUUUUCAAAUGAUUUUAUUACCAUCAUUAUCAAAAUUAGAUUUAGAUUCAUUAUUUACAAAUAAUUCAAUUCUUUCAUAUAUAUAUGAAGAUUAUUAUUAUGAAACUGGAGAAAUGAAUGAUAAUGAUUAUUAUCAAGUUUAUGUUCCAACAACUUGUCAAAAUCCAAAACAUGUUAUUGAAUGUAUUGAAACAUUAAUAAAAUCCUUUAAAAUAACAUCAACAACAACAACGACAACGACAUCAAAAGAUAAUCAGAUUUUAGAAAAAUUAAUUAACCGUUUAUUUAGAUGUUUAAUUAAAAUUGAUGAUGUAAAAUUUAAAGAUGUUGAAAAAAUUCGUAGAUUAAUAUUAGAUAAUUCAAUAAGUUUAGAACAUUCUCUAUUUCAUAGUUUUUAUUAUUUAGGAUUAAAAUCACAAGAAUUUAUUCAAUACUUAAUAAAAUUACCAUUCAUUGGAAAACUUUUAAAAUCAAAAAAUAUACCAAAUUAUAAUUCUGAAAAGAUAUAUGAUCAUAAUGGUUAUGAUAUUGGAAAAUAUUUAAAAUCAAAUAUCUUUACUUGGGAAUUCAUUUUUGGUAAUAAUAGUAAUAGUUUAAAUGAAUUUGCUCAACCACCUCCAUUUUCAAUAGUUUUAGAAAGAUUAAUUCAUGAAGUAUCACAUUUACCUUAUUUCAAUGAUAAAAUGGUAAUUCAUGAAAACAAUUACCUUUUUAAAACUUUUAAUUAUAAUUUAGAAUACCUUUUAGAAAUUAAAAGAGUAGAUUUAUUUUUUAAUGAAUUAAAUUACAUUCAAAAACUAUUAAAAGAUAAAACAGUUCCAUUAGUUUCUUUCUCGAAACUUUUAAAAAUACCAGAUGAAAUUCAAGAAGAUAUUAAUAAUAAUAAUAAUAAUAAUAAUACAAAAAAUAAUUAUUUUAAAAGGGAUGUUUAUAAUGAAUUAAUCAAAGAUGAUGGUUACUUUAUUUAUUUUCCUAUUUCACCAUUUAUUUUUAAAACUUUAUUGUUUUUAAUGGAUACUCAUACAUUUUCUGUAUUUGUAAAAUCAUAUUCAUAUCUUUCAUUUAUAGACUAUUUAAGUAAAACUAAAAAUUUUAAAUAUUCAGAAAUAUCUUCAAAAAGUGUUUUAGAUUUAAUUUUAGAUCAUUCACAACUAAUCGAUCAAAUUAUUAAUAAUCAAAUAAUUAAUACUCAAAAUGAUGAUAAUUUAAAAAACUUUUGGUAUAAAGUUUUUAAUAUAAACAUUAGCGAAAAUACAAUAAUUAAAUAUUCAAAUUUUUUUUUUGGUAAUAAUAAUCAUAGUGAGUUAAUGGAUUUAAUUUUAGAAAAAUUGAAUAAAUCUGGAAAGUUUAAUAUUCCCUUAAGAGAAUUAGUUUUAAACAAUUUUCCAAACCAUUAUUAUUUUCAAAUUGAUGAUGAAUUAUUAAAUCAAGCAUAUAAAACCUCUAAUUUUAAUUUUGUAAAUUAUUUAUAUGAUUUUGGUUAUUUAAAUCAAGAUAAUAUACAAUUUUUAAAAUUAAAAUUGUCACAAAAAUUAAACUCAAAAGAAAAUCACCAUCCUUUUAGAUUCAUUAGUUGGCUUUUGUAA